UUGAGAGAUUUAUUUGGUUAAAAUAAUGAUACAGUGAUAUCACUAAUUAACGCAUAAAAUGAACAGCCAGAAACUAAUCCAUAAAACUUAACUUCCAUCUUCAUUAUCGUCGUGAAAAGUUUUUUUACCAAUACAAAAUUAAGAGGUGCAGAUCGUUUUUACAUACGUUAUGUGUGUAAAGAUGGAGCAGGAAACGGAAAAGAGAAAGGAAGGUAAAAGUGAAGAAAAUGAAGAGAAAUGGGUGCAUGAUGCAUCUGUGGAUUAUAAAGGCAGACUUCCUCUCCGUGCUUCCACUGGUGUAUGGAAAGCCUCCCUGUUUAUCCUUACAAUUGAAUUUAGUGAAAGGGUAUGCCACUUUGGGUUAUCCAGUAAUCUUAUCACGUACCUGACUAAAGUGAUGCAUAAAGACCUCAAUACAGCGACCAAGAAUGUAAACUAUUGGGUAGGAGCAACAACCCUCAUGCCUCUAAUUGGAGGAUUUGUUGCUGAUGCCUACACCGGUAGAUAUCGUAUGAUAAUCUAUUCUUCCCUCGUAUACCUAAAGGGACUAAGCAUGUUGACCAUGUCUCAAUUCAUGCCAAUUCUAAAACCAUGCAACAAUGAGAUAUGUGAUCGACCAAGGAAGUUUCAUGAAGUGGUUUUCUUCUUUGCCCUUUACUGCAUCGCCUUGGGAACAGGAGGAUUCAAACCAUGCUUAGAAAGCUUUGGAGCUGAUCAAUUUGAUGGUGACCACCUUGAAGAACGAAAGCAGAAGAUGUCUUUCUUCAAUUGGUGGACCUUUGCACUGUGUGUUGCAAUGCUGCUUGGUACAACAGUGGUUGUUUAUGUUCAGGACGUUGUGGGCUGGGGGAUUGCUUGUCUCAUGCUCACUAUCUUUAUGGUUUUCAAUAUCAUAGCCUUCUAUGUGGGGAAGCCUUUUUACAGGUACAGGAGGCCACAAGGAAACCCUUUCAUCCCAAUUCUACAAGUCCUAAUUGCAGCCACAAGGAAAAGGAAUUUGUCUUGUCCUUCAAAUCAUGCUCUAUUGUAUGAAGUGCCAAAGUCAGAGAAGCACCAAGGAAGGCUUCUAAGCCAUACCAGCAGGCUAAGGUUUCUUGACAAGGCUGCAAUAGUUGAAGGGAACUAUACUGAGGAGAAAGACAAUCCAUGGAGAUUAACAACAGUGACAAGAGUGGAGGAGACAAAACUUAUUCUAAAUGUUGUUCCUGUAUGGCUAACUUCAUUAAUGAUUGGUGUAUGUAUAGCACAAAGCUUUACACUCUUUGUGAAACAAGCAGCUGCUAUGAACUUAGAGAUAAUCAACAACUUCAAAAUCCCACCAGCUUCCAUGGCAUCUGUUACAGCUAUUAGCUCCAUAAUAUCUGUCCCAAUAUAUGAUAAGAUUAUUGUUCCAAUUCUGAGGAAAGUGACAGGGAAUGAGAGAGGCAUCAGCAUCUUUAGGAGGAUUGGCAUUGGCCUAACAUUCUUAGUCUUAGCCAUGGUUGUUGCUGCCUUAGUAGAAACAAAGAGAUUAAAAACAGUUGAACAUCAAGUUUUAACAGUAGGGGGAACUAGGCAUGAGACAAUGAGUGUGUUGUGGUUGAUACCCCAAAACUUGAUACUUGGUCUUGGAGCAGAUUCAUUGUCUCUAAUUGGUUUGCAAGAGUAUUUCUAUGACCAAGUUCCUGACUCAAUGAGAAGCUUAGGAAUGGCCUUGUAUCUUAGUGUGCUUGGAGCAGGAUUCUUCUUAAGCAGCUUUUUGAUCAUCAUUGUGGACCACGUCACGGGGAAGAAUGGGAGAAGUUGGAUUGCCAAAGAUAUAAAUUCAAGUCGUUUGGAUAAGUUUUAUUGGAUGUUGGUUGUAGUAAAUGCUUUAAAUUUGUGUCUCUUUAUAUUCUUGGCAAAGAGGUACACUUACAAGACUGUACAUAGAAAAGCUUCAGAAAUUGAUGGCUGUAACAGUGAUGCGGUGGAAAUAGUGGCUUGAUACGAGCAACUUAGGUGUACCACACUUGCUACAUUUUCUGCUUAAUGUACUAUGUG